AUGGCAUUUGCCAGGAAAACCAAUGGAAAGAACCGCUCUGGUGCAGACCUCACUUGGCGGCAAAAGGUCUGGCAGAUCGUGGAAUUGAAACGACAAGCCCAGGGAUUGCAGGAGGAAAGCGAGCAUUGCUGGCGGUGGAGGUUUGUGGUGGAGACUUUGAAAGCGCACCGAAGUUUGGAAAACAAGGAGAGCUUGGAGAGCAAGCUUCAGAGGAUGAACGAAUUUUGGCCACAGUUCCAUCAGCUCUGUCGCAGCUCAGAAGAACUUGCACGGCUGCCUCCCGUUGAAGUGGAGUCGGAGACUUUGCAUUUGGAAGGAGAGCAGGAGGCGUCGAAGCCGACAGCCAGUAGAAGUCUCCCUUCGUUAAAGGUCAAUGGCAGCCUCUACAGGGGUCAUCGCUAUGUGGGGGUUAAAGGUGCUGAGUGGAAGACCCGAGCAUCGAGGAGCCGAUGGUGCGCUUCUGACUUUCGUGCAGAGGCAGCGAAAGAGGCACAAGUCGGGCCAAGAUUGUCCCGGUCCAUGUCACAAAAGCUUCAGGACAGCUCUAUCAUGGAUCCUUUGGCACAAGCCUCUCCUCAAAAGAAGCUGCGGCAUUUGAUGAUCCGAAGGCCUGUCCAGAGCGACAACACAACGUUCUGCUCAACGCGGACCAGCUUUCAAUCUCCCAAAGCAGCGAGUGCGUCGCCGGAGAAGAAGCAGGUCCUGGGUCCAUCCCUUCCAAAGAGAAGGCGAUCUCAACAUCGUAGGCAAUCUGAGGUGUACCUCUCAUCAGUGAUGCUCCAAGAAGGAGGCAUCAAGAGUUGGAGUGACCUGGGCAUGGGCCGCGACAGAAAGAAGCCUUUUUCGAGUGAGAACCUCGGUGCUGCCGAUUUCAUCGAUGGUUCACCCAUGGAUGAAACUCCAAGAGCCGAGGUCCAGGUUAACGGCGAUGCGAAAGUUUCCUUCACAGAUUUCCAGGAUUCUUCACAGAGGUCCCCCUGGCCAUUGACCGAUGAGCACGAGCAGCCGACCUGGGACGAAGCGCUGCCGGAGCCUCCGAGGAAUUCACUGAUUCGGAGGCCAGUGUCUGCCGCUGCACUACGAAAUGUCAAGGACUCCACCACCAAUAUCUACCUCCAGGAAUGUGCCAGCCAAAAGCUACUUCCGAGGCCAUCACCGCUGAUCACGGGCCAUUCCUGUCGUUUGGACGCCCGGCAUUCGGGCCUCAACGACGCGGAACUCAACGCCUGCCGAGUCUGCAUGGCGCAGCUCAGCGUGGAAGCCGUGGAUUUGGAGGCCAACAUGACGCUCAGUGAUCAAACUAUCGCUGAUUUCCUCGGCUCACUCGGAGCUGCGAGCCUGUCAAGCCUGUCGUUUCUCAGCUUGAAGGACUGCUCUGGGGCUGGAGCUCGCACAGCAGCUGUGAUGCUGCAGAUGUUGGGAGACUUCAACAGCUUGAAAACCUUGGACUUGAGUGGCAUCAAAAUCAACAUGCAGGCCUUUCACGCAUUGUGUGGAACGCUUGGGAAGCACCCAGCCCUUGAGUCCUUGCAGCUGGCAGAUCUGGGCAUUGGCUCUUCUGGCACGGUCGGCUCGGGCUCCUUGAUCCCAUCCCUGGAUUCCAUCCUCAGCAACCGCACGCUGCGGGAGCUGGAUCUAAGCUGGAACCUCUUUGACGCCCAGGUUCUGGUGAACCUCGGUCGACGUGUCCGCGAGAGCAAUCUCUCCAGCCUGCGGAUUGCCAGCUGCGCGACGCUGGUAUCUGACAAUGGGCAGGAAGUCGGACAGCCAGCUGCAUUCCUGGAGUAUUUGUCUAGCUCGUGUCCUUUGAAAGAACUUGAUAUCUCCCUGAAUCGGAUCGACUACAGAGCGGCUAUUGUGUUGGAGGACUUUCUGUCGCAGAAUUCCAGACUCAGAGCCCUGGAUCUGUCCCACAAUCCGUUGGGACCCGUGGGCAUUCGCAGCCUGAUACGGCUGUUGGUCUAUGAGGAGUCUGGACUGAGCCGGAUCCAUUUGGAAGGCUGCUCAAACGGAGAACAUCCAUCAGCCAUUCCGGACUUGCAGUUCAUCAAUACAAAUAACCCUGGUGGCCACUAUAUGUUGCAGCUUGACAGACCUGACCAUCGUUCCCUGCUGAGGAUGCUCUACAAGUCCUGUGAUCGUUUGGGCAUUCCAGCGAGCCAGGCCUUCUCGCACGUGCAAUAUUCUCGUGGCAACUAUUCACAUCCCUCAGUCGGUGGAGAUGGUGUUUAUGAAGUUCGUACCGAUGGCAGGCUUCAGGCAACCUUCAAGGUUGAGAAGGCUAUUCAUCAAUCCAUGAAGGUUGACGAGGAUGACUUCGUGACAUUUUUCCAGAAGAGAAAUGAAAAGAUGAGGCUGUAUCCCUCGGAGAGGAAGCAGCUUCUACUCUUCAAUGUCUGGAGGACAGUGGCCAAAGUGAUGCCAGAUCAGGUCGUCUUCCUCAAUGCUUUGGCACGGGAUAUUCACUUGCCAUUUUCUUUGGUUGAGCAGUUUUGCAGGUCGUGUACCAACCCCUCAGAAGUUGUAUGCAAGCUAUUCCCAUCCUUCUCAUCCUUUGUCGUUGAUCGCUGCUUACUGCUCAUGCAUGCGCGGUCUAUCUCUGAUGUGACGCACGUCUUGGGCAAUGUCUCCAAGCUGAUGUUCUUCAACGUGGAGAACCCCACCGGCCACUACAGGCUCGAUCUCUCAAACCCAGCAGAUUACAGCGUAGCUGAAAGCCUAGUUCUUCUUGACAGCUGGGAAUCUGCGCUCAAGCAAGGACAUGGCAAAGUUGAUGUCUCUCAAAAGGGAAACUGGUCACAGGUGCGGAACCCGAUCUUUUGCGACCAUCCAUUCAAGGCUCCCAUCAUCACCGAGUGGCUUUUGCCAGAGGCGGGUAAGUUGGACUUCGACUAUUCCAGUUCCCGCAGACCGCCUCGAGGUGCAGUGGUUCUCGAUGCCGAAACGUUCCAGCGGAUGCUCAUAGCACUGCAGGACCAGAACUUUUACAAGAAGGGUAUUGCCUCAACGGACUCAACGCUCAAAAGCAACGAGGGCAGAAGUAUGCACGAGGAGGCCAAGCUUCCGCGCGAUGACAUGCAGGCGUUGAGAAUGGUGGCGCAUUUGAUCCAUCUCACGGCGCUUCAGACUAGAGCACUUCUUGAGUGCUUUCUGGAGGAGAGUGACAGAGAAGACUGCCUGGUCACCCUCUUUAACAGGAUUGCCGACCUGCACAAUGAGAAAGUGUUCUCAGUGCGCUUUGCAGACGGCGAGCAGGUGAACCGCUUGAGGAAGCGCCUCGGUACCUUAGUCUUCUUCCCAUGGAUUCAGCUGGAGCAGGCAAACUUUGCGCUGCAGCUGCACAACUUUGAUGAGCGAACAGCCCUGUGUUUGAUCAUCCACUUGGCCAAGAAGGAGCGGCUGACCAACAUCCAAAGGCCCCGAUGGAUCAAAGGCGAUGGAACGGAGGAUCCGCUUACCUUUGGAUUGCCUCGCAGUUGGGAGACUUUCUCCAAUAUUCCCACAGAGGGGACCGUCUACAUCAGCUAUAAAUGUGCACCCGAAGAUCGGAACUUCAAGGUCAGGAAAAGCCACUUGGAGACCUACAGCAAUUGGGUUUGUGAUGUGACAGAGAAUGAGGUGCUGUGGUGGGCCUCCACCAACGAAGUGCCAGUGGACGUGAUGGAGUUCUUGGAGUUUCUGAUAGAGGACUAUGAUGACGUCUAUGAGGCCUUUGAUGAUAUUAAGCGACCGACCAGCACGGUCCUCACACUUCGAGACUUUGAACAGGGCUUGAGGCGACUGAAGUGCACCAAGUUCAAGGGUCGACGAGAGAUGGAACAGAUCAUGGGUGUCUUUCGCUACUUGGACCCCAGCGGUGAGGGCCAAGUCUCUCGCAAUGAGUGGGGCAUGCUGGAGCUGUGCCACAAAGAGAUGGUAUACUCAAUCAAGGAGUUUGUCCACUUCUGCCAGCGUUCAUUUGGAAAUGACUUGAACGCUGCUUGGGCGGUCUUUGACCUCAAUGGGGACAACUUCAUCUCUGAACAAGAAUGGACAAGUGUUGCACGGUCGUCCUCCUAUUUUGGUCCCACUCUGCCCAUCUUCCGCUUCUUGGAUAAAGACGAUGAGGGUACCAUCUCCUUUGAGGAGUUCGAGGAGCGGCUUGGAGUAGUCUAUUUUUUUUCAAUCGGGAUGAACAAAUCAUAUGUGAGUACCCGACAAAAUUAG